AUGGAUAAUUCAAUUAAAUUUUCAAAUAAUGAUCUUAUAGUCUUAGAAGAAAUUAUUGAUCUGCUAGAAUCAUUCUAUGAAAUUUCUAUUAAGUGUCAAACUGAAACAAUAGCUACUGCAAGUAUGGCUGUACCAGCGUUUGUACAUUUAUUAUCUCAUUUACGUGAUAUUAAAGAAAAUAUAUUUUAUUUUCGAUUAAAUCAAAAUCAUAUUGAAGAAAAUGAUCCAUUGAGUGAUCCAGUGUAUUUUAUGGCAGCUGAAUUAGAUCCUGUGUUCAAAUUCUAUUGGAUUCAGGAUUUAAGAUUACCAGCUAAUACUGAAAAUCGCUUAAAACAAAGUAUAAUUCAACUUAUUCUGGAUGAUAUUAGUAAAGAUACAACAACAUCAACAAAUAAUUUAACUGAUCAAAGUAUUUUUUUAAUUUCCAAGUGUAUUCUUCUUUUCAUAGAUAAAAAAAAGGAUUCGAUAAUAUUUAAUUUCUGGAAAAUUUAA